AUGACGGACUGGCAAAAUGGGUUACCAUCUGGAUGGGAUAGGAAGUGGGAUGAAAAUGCUGGAAAAUACUAUUAUGUUGAUCAUUCUACCAAAACUACAACCUGGGAGGACCCCAGAACAAAAUCCAGAUCAUCCAAACAAUUUUCCAAAAUGCAAGGAGAGCAUAUUCCUUUGGAAAUGAGAUCUGCAACUAAGAGUCCUGUAAAGUUGAAAAACUCUACAGUCCAAGAGAGCUCCUUUACAAGCCCUCCUUAUUCUUCUACAGACUCUACAGAGGAUUCAGUCACUAAAAUAAGCGCCAUGUUUCCCACUGUGUCCGAGACUCACAUAAAAUUAUUGCUAAAAAAGUAUUUGAACCGAGAGGCUUUGGUGAUAAGUGCGCUACAAGUCGAAAAAUACCCGAUAACGACCCCGGGGCCUUUUUCCACUCCACCGCCUCAAAGAAACAUACAAGUUAAUGGUAAAGUUGGGCAAAUAUCUCGUACAGGCAGUCCGCUAUUGGGCGGUUUCGCUAGGAGUUCUCCAAAGCCUCAUUCUUCGCCCAAGUUGAAAUUAAGGUACAUGAAAUCGAUUUUCCCGAACGCCGACGAAACCAUCAUAUUGGAAUGCCUUCAAAAUAACGAAAGCAGCAUCCAGAAAACUUCGGAAAUAUUAAAGGAAAUGGGCUACAGCAAAAAGGAAACGGUUAAAAUUGCCACACCAAAAGUGGAACCGAAAAUUCUCAAAGAAGACGAAAUUAAAGCUGGUUCGAAUAAAGAUAAAAUACCUGUUACAGUUGUGCAAAUUAAAUCUAAUGAAGAGAAAAAUCAAAUGAAAAUAAAGCUCCAAGAGCUCUACAAAGACGUGCCAGAACAUUUGAUAGCAAUCGCCUUGGAAAGCGUAAAUUUCAAUGAAAACCGCGCCAACCAAAUACUUCAAAUAAUGAAACAGGAAGACAAUGAAACUCAAAACACCAAAAAUCAAAAACCAGAGGAAGUUUUGGAAAAAGUUGACGCUCCUUUACCAUCGACCAGCCAAAUACCGAUAUCUCAAAGCCGACAAUCGAUAAAAUCGAUUUUAAAAAGCGAAAAAAAAGAGGAUGCUCCAAGUUUUAGCCGAAUCAUCGACGGCAAUAAUAAAUCUACAAAUUUAACCAACACUUUGGGUCACAAUAUUAAUUUUUCAAAAGGACCCAAUGAGAAAUUGCUUUUGGACAAUUACGUACAAUGGCAAGGCUCGAAUAAGUCGUUCCAAAAAGGGCCGCAAUCGUUGGCAAAAGGGCCAAACAGAAACCUAAUUUCAACCAAAUAUUACUCUCCAUGUGGUCCAAAUGCGGAUUUUCGUAAAGGACCUUCAUUUGGCUUGUCUAAGGGCAGUAUUUUUAGACAAAUGUUAGUUAAUCUAGAAUAG